AUGUCUUCUUCAAAGGAUGACCUGCCGCCCUUAACCACGACCGACACGCGGGGCUCAAUCUCUGCGAUCCCUCUCCACGAAGUCGAGCCGAGCCCCGUGGAGGACGACGACGACUCGUACCCGUGGAAUGAGAAAAGCAACGACAACAAUGAUGGGAUAGAUACGCCCGAUUACCCAACCAACCCCAGCGACGUGGCAGCAGACGUCGAGAAAUACCAAGUUUCCCGACGGGGUGUCACAUCUUCUGCAUCGUCAACCAACUUCCUAGGCCUGACGCCAGCUCGGACAGCGCACAUUCUAUCCAGUGUGCAGAAAUACACAACUGUGCCGCCGACACUCUUCCUAGCCAUGCACUACACCAACACGGCGGUGAUCCCUUUGAUUCUGCGAGACGCGCGCGCCGCCGACACCUACCUGCUCCUGACACGGCCGUACUACCAGUCGUUCCCGCUUGAGCCCCUAAUGGUAUUUAUUCCGGUCGCACUACACGUGGCUUCGGGCAUCGCGCUACGGAUCUAUCGACGACGGAUAGUGGCCAAACGGCACGGCGCCGAGACACAUGCCCAACGCAAAUCCAUCCCCUGGCCAAAACUGUCGCUGACCUCUGCUCUCGGGUACAUGAUGUAUCCAUUGCUCGUGGGCCAUAUGGCCGUCAUGCGCAUCACGCCGCUCAAGGUCGAAGGGAGCUCUGCUGGCGUCGGGCUGCGGUAUUUCGCCCACGGUAUUGCUCAUAACCCCUGGAUCGGCCAUUUGGGGUAUGCCACUUUCAUCUCCAUCGCCAGUUUCCAUUUCGUCACGGGCACCGCAAAGUAUCUGAAGCUCUCGCGUGAGUAUAUCACUGAAGGUGGUCUUUCCGGUUCCCAGAGACGGAAGUGGAGGGGCAGGAUUAUCAAUGCCGUCGCUGCCACUGUCGCCGCUGUCUGGAUUGCCGGAGGGUUGGGUGUCGUGGGUCGCGCUGGCCUAGGUCAGGGCUGGGAGGCUAAGAAUUGGGAUCGCAUUUAUGCUGCUGUGCCGCUACUUGGGUCCAUGUUCAGAUCGUAG